AUGGACUACAUAGAACGCAUCCUCUCCUUCAUCCUCCAAAAGCGACGCGGCCACGACGAAGGUUUAAUUCCGCGCACCGCCGCCUUCGCGCACUGCCCCAAACCAACCAUCACCCUUGAAUGCCCCAACAUCGGUCCUUCAGGGUCCAAGAUCCCUUCCAAAUACGGCUUCUUUGAACAAGGCAUGUUCCCCCGGCUGAAAUGGACACUUCCCGCCAACAUUCAGGAGCAAGAAGUGAAAGAAUGGUUCCUUGCUGUUGAAGAUCCCGAUGCGCCAUUGGCAAUACCCGUGGCGCAUGGAUUGUAUUACUCCAUCCCCGCGUAUCGACGGUCCGUCAUGGACACUGAUUUUGAGAAACCGCCUCACCCGGUCCCUGGAGAUGGGAGUUAUAGCGAGGACGAGUUUGAGCUCAAUGGCGGGKUUAAGUAUGGUCUUAACAGGCGGAAGGUGGUCUACAUCCCGCCAAGAGGAAUGCUAGGUCAUGGGCCGCAUCGGUGCUUUUAUGAGAUUGUGGCGUUGAGUGAGCCGAUUGAUAAGACAAAAUUGAGUAGCACGGGGGCGACGAGGGAGGAGCUUGUGAAGCAGUUGGAGGGGAAGGUUAUUGCUUGGGGUGAGUGGGUAGGAGUGUGGGAGAGGACUUGA